ACUUUUUUAGUUUUUAGCAAUUAACUCGUAAAUUAGCACUCUCACAAAAAAAAAUAUUAAAACUAAAUUGUAGAUCUAAUUGUUUUGUAUAAAUUAAGUCCUUACAGUUUUUCUUUUAAAUCCAUUAGUUUUCUAGAAAAAUGUCAAAAUACAUAAUAUUUCGUAAAAUUGCCGAAAUUAGCAUAUUUACGAAUAUUUUAUCAUAUAUGACGAACCAUAUGUGAUACGACCUAAUGUUUCAUACAAAAAUUGUUUAAAAUUAAAUUUUACGAAAUAAAAGUAUUAAGUACAAAUUUCAUUGAACCGAUCGUUUUAUUGCUAUAAAUGAAUUAACUCGAUCAUAUUAUGAUUUUUACUAAAGAUAUGAAUUUUAAUGCUAGAUUCUGUUAGUUAUCAUCUGGUUUAUUACAACACUUAUCGUACAAGUACGGCGAUAAUACUAUGGUAUGACUGAAUUAAUGUAUUGUUAUUAUUUUUAAAUUAUAAAUAACUCUGGAAAUCGUAAAUUUAUUACAAAUCGCAGCAAUAGAUGUAGUGAACUUAUACUUAUACCACUUUAGUCGCUCACAUCGCGUAUUAAGUUGAACUGCUUCCUAUUGUGUUUUUCUUUUAGUGUACGUAAAAAUGUCCGUAGUAUUAAGAAAUGACAAUAAAAUAUUUUUAAUAGGGUCUUUGACUACUCAAAUUUUAGGUUCAAAACUUCCAUCCAUUGGACAAGUUCUAAAAGUUUUUUUUUAUAACCUAAGAAUUGUUAAUCUUACUAUAAGAGCAAAAGCAGUAUUGACUAUUCGCGAGUGUAAUAUUUUCUGGGAAAUGGACGAUUCCAUUUCAACCGAAAUAAAAAAAUUAAUGGUUGUAUCCCUUAAUAAUGAGUCAAUAAUAAACCCUAGUAAACGUUUUAUUCUUUCAUCGAGUCAUAUUGACAAAUCAUUUUCAGGAAAAACUGUAGCUUCUUUUUUGUCAAAAAGCAGUAUGAAAUUUUUCAAACGAUUCGAUAUCAAUACUAAUUUUUUAAAUUUGGAUCCAAGUAAUUGGAAUACUGAUAAUUUUUAUUUACACGAAAAAGAAAUUGUAUGUUCACUUAAAGUAGUAAAUGACUCUGCAGAUAAAGCGGUUAAGGUAAUGGAAGAUUUUCAUGAAAGUUUAACUGUAAACGAUGAAAAAGCUGAGUUACUUUUACACUGUGUGUUCAAGAGCAUAGAAUAUUAUAUCCUAAUUGCAACAAAAAAACAUUAAAACAUAGUUUUUAAUGUAUAUUUUUGUUAUAAUUUGUGAAUUAUUUUGAAUUUAACAUUUUGUAUUUUAUAUAGUAACUUUUUUUUAAUUUAUACAAUAAUAUUGAGAAGUAAGUAUCAUUAUGAGUUUAAGUCAAACAAAUACAUCACUUUACAAUAUAAAGGAAAUAUAUUUAAAUUAAGCAAUAAAAUUCAUAUAUUUAGUAAAAAUCGUAAUAUGAUCGAGUUAAUUCAGCUAUAGCAAUAAAACGAUCGGUUCAAUGAAAUUUGUACUUAAUACUUUUAUUUCGUAAAAUUUAAUUUUAAACAAUUUUUGUAUGAAACAUUAGGUCGUAUCACAUAUGGUUCGUCAUAUAUGAUAAAAUAUUCGUAAAUAUGCUAAUUUCGGCAAUUUUACGAAAUAUUAUGUAUUUUGACAUUUUUCUAGAAAACUAAUGGAUUUAAAAGAAAAACUGUAAGGACUUAAUUUAUACAAAACAAUUAGAUCUACAAUUUAGUUUUAAUAUUUUUUUUUGUGAGAGUGCUAAUUUACGAGUUAAUUGCUAAAAACUAAAAAAGUACCCCUUUUGGCCGAUUUUCAACCCCAAGUCGGCACGGGUUAAACUUAUCUGAUCGGCCUGAAAUUUUUUGUAGCCACUUUUUAUAUGUAUACACACAAAUUUGGGGGGUGAGUCCGAAGAAUUUCCAAAAUUUUCAAAAUAAGGGACACCCUAAUGUAUAUAUAUGUGGGUACUGUUGAUGUCUAGAUGACACCACUUUCAAGAUCUGGAGGUGGGGAUUGGUAUUAUCUAAUAUCAACAGCAAGAGUUACCUGAGUCGUGAGUUGUCUACGACAUGUUUUUGCGUUUAAUUUAAUUUAUAUGUUUUUGUAAAUGUUUUAUAACUUUUAUAUAUUUGAAUAAUAUUGUAUAUGUAUAAUAAUAUUUUAUUUAUUAUAAAAUUUUAAAACUAUGUUUUGUGUUUCUAUUGUUGGCUGUUAAUUUCCACAUAUAUAUUAUAUAUAUAA